UCUUCUGGUGGUAAUGGCAGGCUUGGGUAUGAGCAGCUACGUGAUGUUACCAGGGUCCCGACGGGAUCCACCCUGCUGUGGCGUGAAGUAGAGAUACGGGCUGAGGGAGGAGGCGGGAAGACCAGGGUGGAGGCCGCCGUCAUAGCCGAGGUGAGGGUUCUUGGACCAGAGUGCUGGCUUGGAUGUCACUGGAUUCUGGAUAUGUGUUCUAGAAAAGUGACCACUGACUUUCUAAUGUGGGCUGAGACACGGUGAAAGGGAGGAUUCGGGGCUAUCUCUAGGGUUUUAGUCCUCAGCAGCUGUAGGAAUGGAAGCUCCAUCGACUGAGACGAGGAGGUCGGUAGUGUGAGUGAUGUUGCUGGGAGAUGUUCCGGAGAGCACCGACUGGAUGCAUUAAGUGAGCCGCCGAACACGCAAGUCUGGAAAUGUGGGGAGGGGUUCAGAAGGGAGACAUCCAAACACAUCAUGGCUACUGUGUGGGCCCAGCUGAGUGAGCUGUAGGUCACAGGUGUGAGGAGCAGUCUCUGGUUAUGGGGGUAAAGCUGGUCAUGGGGCCAGAAAGUGGUGGGAGGAAGGGGGACCGGGACCGGAUGCGUAGGUGAUGGUGUGCCUUCAGAGAUGAGGGAUGUGGGUGGCCACAGAGGGCGAGCGCGUCGGGGGCAGGAUACUCGGGCAGGUGGCCAAGGUUUCCAGCGGAAGAGUAGACGUGAGAGGGACCCAGAAGUUCGGGAGUACUUAAGGCAAGGUGAUGACACUCAGGCCCGUGAUGGGGUGCUCCUGCACUCUGAACUGCACCAGGGUUUUGUGAAGACUUUCAUCCUGGAGGAGUAAGGUCACGUGUGCCGUGCUGAUGUGAUCACCUGUGAGAGACACUGAGCCUGGGCUAGGCCACCAAGGAGCCUUGCUUUGAAUGAGGGUCGGGGGACAGAGGAAGACCGUGAUUGCCGAGGGGACCAGGGCAGCACAGGUGCGGGAGAACCUUGUCUGGUGAGAGGCGGGGGAACUCACGGCCCGAGUGUGAGAUCCCCUCCCACUCUUCUGCUGUUGGGAAGGUCUCCUGCUCAAACUGCCUUUUCAUCACAGGUGCAUUUCCUGCUUUUCCCUUUGUACGGGUCUCAGCGCCCUACCAGCCCAUGGACUUACACAUCCUCUUACAGGAACCGGGAGGCACCUCACCCUCUCGAUCCUGUGAAGCGUGCAUCCUACAGCUCCUGGUUGUCACUUUUUUCCAGAGUGCCACCCCCGUGUGGGCCUGUGUGGGCUGUGGUGUCCCCUCCCAGGCUGUGAAUAUCUGUGAUUACUGAAGUGCCAUCCAUCUCAUCUGUCCAGUGUUAGGUGUUCUGUGUUUGGCCAUCCCCAUAACCCUAAGAUGGGACUCCCGCCCUCCCCAGUGGGGUGAAGCGGAGGUGGUUAAAAUACCAGUAACACGUGGGGAGGCCAGGGAGAUUUCUGUGGUGUGGGGCAGUGAGGUGUGGUGACCAUAGGCAUGUGGCUGUGGGAUCCAGUCUCAAGAACGAUGUGUCCUUGGAGAGGGAGUAUGCCUGAUUGACGCCAGGGCCCUGGUUUUCAGCAGAAUAACCUGGAUGGCCAGGAAGAUCCCUCUAUGCCAGGGCCACAACUUCGAUAUAUAUAUGCUUGUCCACCUGCCUCCUCUUGUGUCAGCGGGACCCUGCGAUCGGUGGGCCACGAGGAGACAUGGUGGUGCCAUGGCACCCAGGCACGGGGGCCUGGUUUCUCCUCUCGGUUGGGGAGAUCAGGGGGAGGAUGGGCAUAGGGUAGAUGUGGGUGGGAAAAGGGGUAUGGGUUCUUGGGAGAGGGGCUUUUUGUGGUUUCAUCUGUCCCCAUCCUGCCAGGGCAGGGUGACCUUUGAAGACGUGGCCGUGUACUUCUCCUGGGAGGAAUGGGGUCUCCUUGAUGAGGCUCAGAGAUGUCUGUACCAGGAUGUGAUGCUGGAGAACUUGGCACUUAUAACCUCCUUGGGUUGUAGGCAUGGUGCGGAGGAUGAGGAGGCACCUGAGCGGAAGGUUUCCGUACAAGGCGUGUCCCAGGUCAGGACUUUCAAGGCAGUUGUGUCUCCCCAGAAGGCCCAUUCUCGUGAGGUGUGUGGCCAGGACUUGAGAGACAUUUUGCUCUCCACCGAGCACCAGGCAACACUUUGUGGACAGAAUCUCUACAAGAUUGAGGCAUGUGAGAAACAGUUGUGUUUUGAAGCAAACCUUCAGCACCAGAAGGAGCACAUUGGAGAGAAAUGCUUCAGAGGCAACAUGGCCAGAGCUUCUUUUGUGAAGGACUACAAAUUGUGUGUGUCAGGGAAACCCUUUUCCUGUGGGGUGGUUGAGAGGGACAUCUUGGCCACCUCGAGAUUCUUCCAGCAGCAGGCCACACACAGCAGGGAGAAGUCAUACAGGACGACGGAGUAUGGGGCAUCCUCUCGUGGAAGGAAAGCGCAACGCAACUGGGAAGGCGCAAAGGACUUCACUUGCAAACACACACUUGUUCACCACCAGAGAGACCUCGCUAGAGAGAGAUGCUUCAUGUGCAGUGAAUGUGGGAAAUCUUUUAGCAAAAGCUACAGCCUCAAUGACCACUGGAGAGUGCACACUGGGGAAAAGCCUUAUGAGUGUGGGGAAUGUGGGAAGUCCUUCAGGCAGAGCUCUAGCCUCAUUCAGCACCGGAGAGUUCACACUGGAGCAAGGCCUCACGAGUGUGACGAAUGUGGCAAAUUGUUUAGUAACAAGUCUAACCUCAUUAAACAUCGGAGAAUUCACACUGGGGAACGGCCGUAUGAGUGUAGUGAAUGUGGGAAGUCCUUCAGCGAAAGCUCUGCGCUCCUCCAACACCGCAGUGUUCACACUGGAGAAAGGCCUUAUGAGUGCAGUGAAUGUGGGAAAUUCUUUACCUACCACUCCAGUCUCAUAAAACACCAGAGAGUUCACUCGGGAUCGAGGCCCUAUGAGUGCAGUGAAUGUGGAAAAUCCUUUACUCAAAACUCCAGCCUCAUCGAACACCGUAGAGUUCAUAGUGGAGAAAGGCCUUACAAGUGCAGCGAAUGUGAGAAAUCUUUUAGCCAAAGCUCCGCGCUGCUUCAACAUCGGAGAGUUCACACUGGAGAAAGGCCUUAUGAGUGCAGCGAAUGUGGGAAAUUCUUUACUUACAGUUCCAGUCUCCUCAAACACCAGAGAGUACAUACUGGAUCAAGGCCUUAUGAGUGCAGUGAAUGUGGGAAAUCCUUUACUCAAAACUCCAGUCUCAUUAAACACAGGAGAAUUCACACUGGAGAAAGACCUUACGAGUGCAGCGAAUGUGGGAAAUCCUUUAGCCACAGUUCUAGUCUCAUUAAGCACCGAAAAGUGCACACUGGAGAAAGGGUUUAGGAGGACAGUGACUUUGGGAAACGUUCGCCUCUGUCUUCCAUUUCAGUGCCCAUUCAAAUACUCACACUGAAAACGGCUUUAUGAGUGUUGGAACGUGGGAUAUUCUUUACCUAUGAGUCCAAGCUCCUAAACCACCACAGUGUCUCCUUAGAUGAAGGCCUGUGAAUGUGAAGAAUGUGGGAGAUGGCUAACCAAAGGCUAGCCUCAUUGCUCUCCAGAGAACUCACGGUAGUGAAAGGCCUUACAGAUGCAGUGAAUAUGAGAAAGCCUUCAUCUGAAGGACUUUACCUCAUAGGACUUCACAAAUUUCAAAGGGGAGAACUACCUUAAAUGUGCAGGUAUUUAAUUGAUGAAUGUGACAACACGGGAGGAGAUCCCUUAUGAAGGUGCCAUCUGCCUGUGUUGAAGCUCAUACAGUCAGACAUCUACAUAAAUCCCGGGUAUGUGGCAGCUGCAUUGCAGUCUUUGAACCUGCCCAGGGGCCGUGCCCCAGUGUCAGGGCAAUUGCUGGAUGACUAAUGAAUAGCCUGAGCGCUUACUCCUUCCCCGUUUUUCCUCUCUGAGGAGAGGGCAUGCAUCUCCCCCAGUUUUGUCCUGCGGGACUGUCGGUGAUUUGAAAAGGUGGACGACAUUUUUCAGGAUUGUUACUGUCCUCAUGAGACUCUGUGAUGGCAUUUCCCAGCCUCCAAAUCACCAACCCAGGAACAUUCUGCCUCCCGUUGCUCUUGCUGUAUGACAAUAAAGAUCUUAUUGUUUAAGCCA